CAGCUUGGAGGGAAGAUGUGGCUUUUGACAGCUCUUCUCCUUUGGGUUCCAGUUGGUGGACAAGUGGACUUCACAAAGGCAGUGAUCAUCCUGCAGCCUCCGUGGGUCAAUGUUUUCCGAGAAGAAAAUGUAGCCUUGUGCUGUGAGGGACCCCAGCUGCCUGGGCACAGCUCCGUACAGUGGCUCCUCAAUGGCAGAACCAUUCAGACCUCAACUGCCAGACACACCAUCACUGCAGCAACUUUCAGUGACAGUGGUGAAUACACGUGCCAGACAGGGCUCUCAGCACCAAGUGAUCCUGUACAACUGGAAAUCCACGCAGCUUGGCUGCUGCUUCAGCCUUCCAAGAGAGUCCUUACUGAAGGAGAACCUUUGACACUGAGGUGUCAUGGAUGGAAGAAUAAGCUGGUAUACAAUGUGGUUUUCUAUCAAAACAGAAAGCCUAUUCAGUAUUCUUAUCAAGAUUCUGCACUCACUAUUCUGAAAGCCAACAUGAAUCACAGUGGUGUCUACCACUGCUCAGGCAAAGGAAGAUUACCUGCCCCCUUCACAUCAAGAGGCGUACCUGUGAUAGUGAAAGAGUUGUUUCCAGCUCCAGUGCUAACCUCAUCCUUUGGCAGAGGAUCCCCACUUCGGCAUAGGAAAAUAGUCAAGCUGAGCUGUGAGACAAAGUUGCUCCCACAGAGGUCUGGCGUGCAGCUGUACUUCUCCUUCCACAUGGGCAACAUGACGCUGAGGGGCAGGAAUACAUCCUCUGAGUACCACAUUCUAACUGCUAGAACAAAUGGUUCUGGGUCCUACUGGUGUGAGGCAGCCACAGAAGAUGGAAAUGUCCUUAAACGCAGCCCUGUAUUGGAGCUACAAGUGCCUGACCUCCAGUCACUAAUUUUUGUCUGGCUUCACAUCCUUUUCUAUAUGCCACUGAGCAUAAUGUAUUUGGCAGAUACUAUUCUCUGUUUGAGAAUAUGUAAAGAACUGCCAAGCGAGAGAAAGCAGAAUUUAGAAAUCUCUUCAGCUUCUGAUCAUGGAGAAGAAGUAACUUCGGAAAAUCCCAAAGACAUUUAGAAGAAGAGAUGAAGUAUCAGGAACAAGACCCACAGCAAGAAAGGACACAUGGAAGUGCUGGCAGGGAGACAAGCAUUUGCUCAGAGGGUGACCAUAGAUUUAGGGACAGCCCCUGCCUCUUCCUCACUGUGGUAGUGCUUAGACAUAAAUAUCUGAAAAUUAAAUGUCACUUUCCAAAGCUUAUAA